ACGGUCCCUCUCCUAUUUCUCAUACAGUUUACACCGAAUGACAAUAUAUGUUUUCGAUCUCACUUACAUCAUUUAAAAGCUGACAUUCCAAGCAUUAUGUAGACAUUUAUCUUUUGUUUCUAUGACAUGUAUUCGUGAAGUUACAGUUAAUUUUCUGACGCGUUUCUGAAAUGACUUCACUGAGGGAGAGAGAACAAAACGCGCAUCAUGUUUAUUUUCUUAAUUUUGCGAAAAGCACAACAUUCUGUUUUUAUUGGGAGUGGACAAAAAAAACUAGACACUUCAACGUUUUAAAUGAUGUAUAAAUCAUAUCUGUAUGUCCAAAAUCAGCAGAGUUAUCCAAGUCUCUUUGCAGAGUGAUUGAAAAAGAAAGAGUUUGCGGCGCCCGCGCCGCAGCCGACCCCAGAGUGUUAAAUACCCAAACUGCUGAACAACUCUUUGCUGGCAUGAGGAAAAAUAAUUACUUCAUGAACACACUCACACCUUCAGCACAUGUAUUUUUAAUGCGUAAUAUAAUCCAUCACUACAACACAUCACAAAAUGAAAAGGUAAAACAAGACCUCAAAAAAAUUGUGUCAUCAAAUGAUCAGUUGAUCUUGAAUGAAAAUGGUCAGGUUGUUGUAGGGACACCUCCAGAAUCUGUUCAAACUGAUGAGAGACUCUCAGGAGAUGAAAAGCAAAAACAUGACCCAUUACCUGUUAGGAGUUCCACAGUGGGCCUUACUGCUCUGCAUCAUGUGCAACCAAACAAGGCAUACUGGAAGCAGUUACCCUGUACAGUACAGCUAAGCCAGCUAAACCAUGCCUUAAUGGAGAACGGACCAGAGAAAGAAUUCUUGUCAUCUGUUGGAAGCCUAGUUCUCAUGAGGAAGAACUUCCUUACUUUAGGACUACUUAGGGAUGUAGAAGGAACAGUGCAUUUUAAAAUAUUCUUUGAUUUUUAA